AUGGCGGAGAUCGCCGAGCGGGCCGUCGCGGGCGAGCUGCCGGAGGAGCCGCGUCCACCGCAUGGUGAGGAGGAGGAGGAGGACGAGGGGGACGUGUGCCGGAUCUGCCGCAACCGCGGCGAUGAGGACCACCCGCUGCGCUACCCGUGCGCCUGCAGUGGCAGCAUCAAGUUCGUGCACCAGGACUGCCUCCUCCAGUGGCUCGACCAUAGCAACUCGCGCCAGUGCGAGGUCUGUAAACACGCAUUCUCCUUCUCACCCGUGUACGCUGAGAAUGCUCCGACAAGACUUCCUUUCCACGAACUGAUAGUUGGUGUUGGAAUGAAAGCAUGCCAUGUGUUUCAAUUCAUCCUUCGGCUUGCCUUUGUUCUCUCAGUUUGGCUCAUGAUUAUCCCGUUCAUUACCUAUUGGAUAUGCCGGUUAACAUUUGUGAGAAGUCUUGGUGAAGCACAAAGGCUGUUCCUCAGUCACAUCAGUGCUCAGUUGAUCCUUAGUGAUUGCCUUCAUGGGUUCCUUCUCUCAGCUAUCAUUGUCCUUGUAUUUCUCGGAGCCACCUCAUUACGGGACUACAUAAGGCAUUUGCGUGAACUUGGUGGACAUGAUGCUGAGAGGGAUGAUGGAGGCCGUGAAAGGCAUGGUGCUCGGGCUGUCAGGAGGCUAGCUGGUCCUAAUAAUAGGGUUCCUGCAGAUGGAAAUAUUGAUGAAUUAGCAGAAGCCCAAGGAAUUGGUCCCGGUGAACUUCUGAGGAGGAAUGCUGAAAAUGUUGCUGCUCGAUUAGAACGACUUGAGGCUCAGGUUGAGCAGAUGCUUGAUGGUCUAGAUGACGCAGAUGGUGCAGAGGACGUUCCUUUUGAUGAACUUGUUGUGCUGAUGGAUAGCCACAAGGAGAACGAUGCAAUAGCGGAGCUCAGCCGUGCGAUAUCCUUCAAAGCCGACCUGCACUUGCUGCAUCUCUGGGCUUAUUUCAAUGUUUGA